CACUGAAACGAAAUUAAACCAGGCAGGAAAAAAAAAAGGGUUCAUUUCAGGAAAGUCUACAGAGUACUUGCUGUUCCAGCUUUCAGUGUGAUCCCACACAUUUAGUUGAGAUUCCAUUUCAUUUCUGUGUUUCUCCUUGUACACAAACUUGACUCCCUACCCUCCUAUGAGAGAAGGAGACAGAGGCAUUAAUCACCUUCUUUCAUCAUUGGUCUUCACCAAUCCAUUCUCCGUGUUUUUUUGAUUUCAUAUAUUCUGGGUUUUCCGGGAAGGCCCAGAAUAAGAAAGCAGCUUCAGGCUUUUAACUUCUCUGUGAUUUCUCUAUCAAGUUCUCUACUUGAGAAGAUGACUAUCGAGCCAGUACUUGAUGACCAAAGAGAUCAGUUUCCUCUUGGAAUGCGAGUUCUUAUCGUCGAUGAUGAUGUCACUUGCCUGCGGGUCUUGGAGACUAUGCUUCAUAAGUGCCAAUAUCAUGUUACGGCUACCAGUCAUGCAUUUACUGCAUUGGAGUUGUUAAGAGAAAACAGGAACAAGUUUGACUUGGUUAUCAGUGAUGUCCAAAUGCCAGACAUGGAUGGAUUCAAGUUGCUCGAGCUCGUUGGGCUUGAGAUGGAUCUCCCUGUUAUAAUGUUGUCCUCAAAUGGAGAUAGAGAACUUGUGAUGAAGGGAGUAACCCAUGGAGCUUGUGAUUAUCUGGUAAAGCCUGUCCGAAUUCAAGAGUUGAAGAACAUCUGGCAACAUGUUGUCAGGAGAAAGAAGGUUGAUUCGAAGGACCGGACAAAUUCUGGCAAUCAGGACAAGUCUCAUAUUGGAAAUUGUGGUGGAGGCAUGGCUAAUUCGGAUCAGAAUGUGAAGCUCAAUAAAAAAAGGAAGGAUCAGAAUGAGGAUGAGGAUGACAAUCGUGAUGAGGAUGGGUAUGACAAUGAUGAUCCUUCAACCCAGAAAAAGCCUCGCGUUGUUUGGUCUGUAGACCUGCAUCGCAAGUUUGUUGCUGCUGUUAAUAAGUUGGGCAUUGACAAGGCUGUACCCAAAAAGAUUCUAGAUUUGAUGAAUGAGGAUAACCUUACUAGAGAAAAUGUGGCAAGCCAUCUCCAGAAAUUUAGACUAUAUCUUAAAAGAAUCAGUUGCGUAGCAAACCAACAAGCUAAUAUGAUGGCAGCUAUAGGCAGUUCGGAUUCUUCUUAUUUGCGAAUGGGUUCUUUCAACGGAGUUCGAAAUUACCAUGCAUUGACUGGACCUGGGCAGUUUAACAACACUGGUUUUAGAUCCAUGCCACUUAAUGGGAUGAUUGGUAGAGUGAACACUCCUGCUGGUCUGGGUCAGCAUUGCCUGCCAUCUUCAGGAUCAAUUAAGUUGGGUCAUGGACAACAUCCAAGCAACUCGAUUCUUGAUCAGGGCUUAUUUCCUGGAAACCGUAAUGGAAGUAUGUUUCAAGGAAAUUUGGAACUUGAUCAACGGCACAGUAAAGGUGCUACCUCCGUGCGGGACCUCUCUGCUGGUAUCAAUGGUACACCAGUUUUUCCCAUUGCCGGUGGUCUUUCAGAUGCAAAACUGAUUGUCAGUAGAUCAAGUGAUGCUGUUGGGCUUACAGACGACCCAAUCUUAAGACAUCCUCGAGAUUUUGAAGGUGGAAGAGAAUAUGUAAACCAGUCUUCACUUUCAGUGGCUCCUUUAAAAUCUGAUUUUUCUGCCCCCUUUCUGGAUCAUGGUAGGUUGAAUGACAGCUGGUCAAGCGCUGCUCAGUCAUCUGCUUUCCGAUCAAAUUCUUUUCCAUCAAGUAAUAUGAGGGACAAUAUACCUGUUGUAAUGUCCUCGCAACUGCGGAACUGUCAGUUUGAUGUUCCUUCUAUAAAUUCAGUCUCCAGUCAAUUGCAGGAUCCAAGAACAGAAAUGUUGAUCCAACCUUCUGCAAUUAGUAGCACUGCUGAGCAGAUAAUUGAUAGUGAUCCAACUCAGGGGUGGGUGUGGAUGGAUCAUAAGCAGGAUUCCCCAUACCACCACUCGGAUGCUAUAAGUAGCUCCAUGAACUCUUUGAUGCCUGCUAAUAUUCCCGUGGCUUUUGACCAGAAUUUGGACUCAAAAGGCACAACUUUACAAAGAAACAUGGACUUCAAUUCCAUUGGACAGUCAAAUUUUCUUGAUCCUUUGCACAUAAAAUUUGAUGAGGUUGAAAGAUCAGUGGAGGCAUCAAUGAACUUGAAGCCAGGGUACACUAUGGACCAACGGAAGCCACAGGGUGGGCUAGUAUCAAAUAAUUAUGGGUUAUUGGAUGAUUUAGUGAGUGCAAUGACAAAUCAGCUGGAAAAGAGAUGAGGCGACAUCAAUGGGAAGGAGACUUCAACAUGAGAAGUGGAAAGAUCCAGAACGUACUGUUCUUUGCGAGAUGAGUUUCAUAGCAUUUGUGUAGGUGUCUCUACAUUCAUCAAAAGUUUUGUAUUUUGUUAGCAGCAAAACAACUUAUUCGGACUCUGUCUCCAUUAGUCAGUCUUUUUAGUUAGAUGAUGAUGAGCAGUCAGUUUCUGGUUAAUUGAACAAAUAAGGGCUUUGCUACGUACUGAUAUGAAAGGGCAUUGUCCGUUUCUA